UCGGUCAAUCACAAAAUGUGACAGUUGAAGGAAGUUCUCUCAACCUGACGUGUAAUUACACAGUCUGUAGUGCAAAUGUACCUCUAAUUUGGUUAAAGGAUGAACAAACAAUGGCAGACACUAAAGAGAUGCCAGGAACGCUUGUACUGAACAAUAUUUCAUACAAGGACUCUGGAAUUUACACAUGUGCUGCUGUAGGCAAUGGACAGAGACUUUCUGUUGGGAUUGUGCUCAAUGUUCAGUAUGCCCCAAAGAACACCUCAGCUUCCAUUAGCCCAAUGGGUGAAAUACAAGAAGGAAGUUUUGUGUUAUUAACAUGCAACAGCUCUGCCAACCCUCAAAACUUCAACUAUGAGUGGUAUAAGUGGAGUGGCACCAGUGAUACCCUAAUAGGAUCUGGACAGUAUUUCAUCUUUAACAAAACAUAUGACAUCAACAAUGGAUUGUAUUUCUGUGUGGCAAUGAAUGAAAUCGGUUCACAGAAAUCUACUUACAUCCAUUUAUAUGUAGCAGCUAAGCUUAAUGCAGAUAUGUACAUUAUUAUAGCUUCAGGGUGUUUCCUUGCUGCUUGUUUUGGCUUUAUGACCCUUCUCAUAUAUUGCAAGAGAGAAUCUAUAAACAAGAAAGUAUGCUGUGUAUGGAAGCCUAAAGAAGUCAAGCAGGAAGCUGUUAAUACAGUAUAUGAAAAUGUGACUGCCUCAUAUCCAGAGGACAGAAAUGUCAUUUAUCUAAAAACAGAAGAAGACAAUGGCUUGCAUUAUUCUUCUUUUAAUUUCCGGGACAUCAGUCACAAAAAUCCAGAACCGUGCAAGAACAAUCCAGAGAACAAGAAAGAAGACAGCAAUUUUGUUAUCUACAGUGCAACAAAAUAAAACAAAAAUAAACCAAAUAUCUCAGAGGUAGCCCGUUGGCACAGUGGGGUGUUGGUUAGCAGUGUUGACUCACAGCGUCACGGUCAUUGGUAUUUGGAUUUCCAAACUAUUGUGUUAAUACUCACGGAAUUUGUGGGUUUUCUAAUACUCUUUAGUUGUGACUUUAAAUUACUUGGCAACUCAAAAUAGUCUAUUAUUAAUGAGUUUAGGGAUCAGUUUGCUUUCUGUUAAAUUAACAUCCCAAUUAGAGUUGUCUCCUGCUUUGUGCCCAUUGCUGCCAGAAUAUAAUCUUUCCUCCCAACAGCUCGAUAACGUAGGAAGUGGGUUUUGAAAACCACUGGUGUGUGCCCAUUUCUGUUCAUUUUAUUUAUAUUUCUAGUUAUACAUAUUGGUGGUGACAGAUGGUGACAGUGACAUUUUUU